GUCUCUGCUACAGCCAUGGCGGACCCCUAUUGGAAUCAACAACCGCAUAUGCAUCAUCGUGCGGCCAUGCCUAAACGUCCUCGUACUGACUACGAUCUCCCACCCCCUAUGAUGCCUUCAGGUCAUGAGAUGCUCAAUUAUUUGCCACGUGAUGAUGAUCGUGGUGGGCCUCGCGUUUUAAAAGACACAAAAACCGUUGGAUCAGCAUAUGACCGCUAUCUCCGUAGUGCGCAACCAUCUUCGUUCAAUACUGGGGAAUCUGGUAACUUCAGUCGUGGAGCUGGGUUUGGAAGGGGUUAUGGGACUGGUGGAGGAAUGUCUGGUCUUCCCAUUGGAGAGCAUGGUGGUCAGGUAGGUGGUCCUGAUCUAGCACCCAAUGCUCGAGGCAUGGAUUUAGGUGGUCAGCGUCCAAUGGACCCAAUGGCUAGACCAGGCCGUGAAAUGCCACCGCUGCUGCCUUCAGAUGCUUCAAACACUUUAUUUGUGGAGGGACUUCCCCCCGAUAGCACACGUAGGGAAGUAGCCCAUAUAUUUCGCCCAUUCUUGGGGUACAAAGAAGUAAGACUCGUGAACAAAGAACCUAAGAAUCAUGGUGGGGACCCACUUUUACUCUGUUUUGUUGAUUUUGAAAAUCCAGUAUGUGCCACAACUUGUUUGAAUGCCUUGCAAGGUUAUAAAUUGGACGAUCAUGAACCCUCUUCUCCCAUUCUGCGGUUGCAGUUUGCGAGGUUUCCUGGUCCAAGAUCUGGCCCCGCACAUCGUGGCAAGCGGUAAAUCAGGCCUGAGGUGAGAUUUCUCUGGUGUUGACUUGACUUAAUGGAUUAGAGGGAUCAGAUCUUAUAUUUUUUGGUAAUUCCUGAGCGCUUUUUGUUGUGGAUUUUACCUGAUAUAACUGAAUUCAGGUUGCUCAAGAACAGCUCAUACAAUGUAUGAUACUUUAGGGUUGAAAAGUGGGAAUCAGUUAGGGGGGUGGGUUAUGAUUUUGGUCA